AUGUUUGACAUCCAAAUAAUCAAAGAAGGUAUUGGAGACACUCCUAGAUUGCACGAGGAAGUUUUCUGUAACUGACACAUCUCUAAUCUUAGUCUUCUUUAUUGCUCACAAUCAGAGCGGAGAAUUACUCACUAACUCACAACAUACAGCUACUAAAACCAUAAUCGGAAGAGGAUGGUUGUAGUCUGAGAUUGAAUAAGCACUUAGUAAGAUGAAGUAAGGGGAACGCAGUCUCAUUAAGAUUUAUCAAUCUCCAACCUCAAAAGUAAUUCUAAAACUAUCAAAAAGGAAUUUUAUAAUUAAUAUGAAAUCGAGAUUAUUAGAAUAGGGAGAAAGAAGAAUAAUCCAUGGCAUUUAGAAGGGGAGGAGGUCUAUGAGAGAGCUUUGGAAUUGAAAGGACUAGGCAAUGGCGAUAUCAAAUAAUAAAAAUAUCUAGAAGCUCAAGAUAAAUAUUUGGAAUCACUAAAUUUAAUAAAGACUGAGUAUUGUGAUAGAGAAUUGGAAUUGUAAGGGCAAUUAAGAUCUAAUCUAUCUCUUACGCAUUUGAAGAACAAAUAGUUUGAAUUAUGUAUAAAACAGGCUACAAAUGUUUUAUAAGGAUAACCUGAGAAUGUUAAAUUAUUACACAGAAGGGCUGUGGCUUCAAUUUAGGUUGAUGAUUUUGAGAGGGCGAAGUAAAAAUGAUAUGAAAAAUAUGUAGAGCUGAUUUAAGAUUGGCAAAUCAAUUGGAUCCUUAGAAUGAGGAGGUGAUAAAGGAGUUGUAGAGUAUUGGAGAGAAGGAGAAAUUGAUUAAGAAGAAAUAGUAGGAGAGAGCAAAGAAAAUGCUGUUUGGAGAAUGA